AUUAUUGUGUGUGGUGGUCUAGGACGGGCUUAAUCAGGGUUAUCGGGAGGCUCUUUAAGGUUCAGCUCAGUGCUCAGAGCAGACAGUCUAUUUAAAACCACCUCCUCCCUCCCUUGAAUGAUACAACAGCAGUAUGCCCCUCCUCCCUAGCUCCCCGUCAAGAUCAGCUGGAGGAAGUGGAUGCUCGGCCAAUGAGAUUACAGUAGCAAAGCUACACAGUGUGUGCCUGUGUGUGUGUGUGUGUGUGUGAGUGUGUGUGUUUCCGCAGCUGAAGGGGAGACGAGUCUGGACAGGCAGCGGCAGAUCAGUAUUUAUCUGUUUGAAAAGAAAAAUGUAGGCCAGCAGCUUGCUCUUUUUCUGCUGUGCCUGUUCCUAUCGUUCCUCCUUUGUUUCUGCUCAGUGACGGCUGACGUUGCCGUCGCAGCUUUACUUCCGUAUUUGCGAGGCUUGGCUCUCUCUGUUUCUCUGGAAUUUGAUACCUUGCGAUCGGGAUUCACCGCAAGGAUCUACAAAAGGGGCAUGUAAGACCCCCCUGAUCAGCCAUCGCCUGUGUGAGGGGUGUGUGUGUGUGUGUGUGAGGGUGACGGGAUUUACAGAUCCAGCAAAAAUGAAUCCCUGCUGGAAAAUGAAGAUUCAGAAUGAAAAGCCUCUGGGUCAUUCUGCAAGCAGAUCCAGCAAUAUAUCAAAGGCUGGGAGCCCGACCUCAGUCAACGCCCCAUGCAGUUUCUCAAGGACAUCCGUUUCCCCCUCCAGCCAGGACAUCUGCAGCAGUCAGGAUCAGGACGCUCGGAAGCAGACUGCAGUGGUUCUGCUGAACUCCAGCGGUAAAACCUCUGAGGGGCUUUCAGUGACCACCCUGUGCGCAGACUCUCUGCAAGGCUCCAAGUGCACCAAACAGCGAGACUGGCUCUCUGUGCUGCGCCCCGGCUCUGUCGGCACCCGGCCCAAAAGCUCCCUCAGGUUUUCUAUGUCUCUGAAUGACAUGGGCCAGCGUGUGGACAACCUUUGUCGGGGGCUGCACUUCAUAGAUCGAACUUGCUCAGAGGGAGAGCUGGAUGCGAAGCCCGAGCACGCUCAGUGUCCCAGCAGCAGGAUGCUCGGCGACGGUCUGGCCGCCACGCCUACGAGAAAGAGCCCCGACGCGCCACUUUCAACCCGCACCAACCUCCACCUCGUCCCCUCCCUCACCAAGAACCACAAGUACAUGUUGACCAACCCAUCCAGUCCCGCUCACCUUUCUCAUCAAAACAGUCUCCUCCAGCCUCUAUCCACUCAGGGCUCCAACUUCCUUCGUCUCCUCCUUCCCUUCUCCCAAUCUUCUACCUCGGCCAGCCUGCAGUUCUCUGAGCUGGGGAGCUACGCCUCCCACCUCCACAUCUCCAAGUCCAGCAGCACUAUGCUGGAGUGCACAGAGUCGGGCUUCCUCUCGCAAGGAGACGACAGCGUGUUUGAAGUGGAGCAUCGCGGAUCGCCUUCUAAGGGGGCGAGCCGGAGGACAACCCCAGAUGCAGUCAGCGUGUCUGGGACUCUCCUAGCCCCGUUGUGCUACAUGGACGAGGACACGGACUUAGAAUGCUGUUCGUCGCCUUUGAUGGAGAAAUCAGGGCCGCUGUCACAUUACUCUCUGUCAGGGGACUGCUGCAGGAUUUGUCACUGUGAAGGAGACGAGGAGAGCCCUCUGAUCACGCCGUGCCACUGCACGGGGAGCCUGCGCUUCGUCCACCAGAGCUGUCUGCAGCAGUGGAUCAAGAGCUCAGACACCCGCUGCUGUGAGCUCUGCAAAUACGAGUUCAUCAUGGAGACAAAGCUCAAACCGCUGCGCAAGUGGGAGAAACUACAGAUGACGGCCAGCGAGAGAAGAAAGAUCAUGUGCUCGGUUACCUUCCACGUCAUCGCAAUCACCUGCGUGGUUUGGUCGCUCUACGUCCUCAUCGACAGAACGGCGGAGGAAAUAAAAACUGCCCGAAGAAUACCAGGUAUCCUAGACUGGCCUUUCUGGACCAAGCUGGUGGUGGUGGCCAUCGGCUUCACGGGCGGACUGGUUUUCAUGUACGUCCAGUGCAAGGUCUACAUCCACCUAUGGAAGAGACUCAAGGCCUACAAUCGGGUCAUAUACGUGCAGAACCGGCCGGACACGUGUAAAAAGCUGAUGCUGGAGAAGCCCCCCCUCAUGGAGCCGAGCCUGGAGAGCAAGGAGGCGCUGGCCCCCACCCAGUCCGACACAAACUCCUCCCAGUACACAGAGACAGAAGAAUACAGUAUGGAGGUGCUCCACGUCUGACACAAAGUUCAUUUCAUCGGCCCCGCCGCCCCACACUUGUGCUCGCAGAAACAGGCGGGAGGGAAGAGUAGCGCUCGACGUUCCCCUUCGUCUGAUGCUAGCCGUGACCCGCUGUCCUCCUCUGACCCCCACCUUCACUCUCCAGCCACUCUCUGAGCUUUCCUUUCCCAGGACCAGACUGUUUGUACAGACUUCCAUAAAUGUCACAAUAGGCCUGGAGCUUUGACACUCUACAUGCACUGUUCACGUUCUCCUUCAGAUGAGUAGAUCAGAGACACAAAGACUCCUUGAAAGCCCAUCUUUGAUUCAUUGUUUUUUUUUUUUUUUUGGACUUCUUCGUUUUUACCUUGUGUCAAGUGUUGGAUUAAUACGCCGCCACGCAUCAGAUCCCUUGAACGUUGCGCGUACUGCCAUCUCUGCACCGGCCGGACUCUGACCGGGCCUUGGAAAUGCAUUGACGCACUUUUCUUUUUUUUUUGAAUCUUUGAAGCUCUGCGACACCUCCUCGUCCUUUUUUUUUUUUUUUUUUUUAUCUUAGAACGACCCAAAUCUUGUGUUUUGUUCAUUGGGAAGAGCACAGUGAAACUUUGUUCCUCAAAUGCACAUAUUCUUACAGACAUGCCGCUCACGUUGAUGGAAAAAAAAAAAAGGAAUUGGGAUGGGAAAAAGAGGGAAACCUGCUGAAAGAAAUGUAGGGUUAACACCUGACUCCUUCGCUCCCAACUUAAUGGACUUUCUGAAGGCUCCGAGAAUGUAAACUUUUUCUAAAAACGAUUAAAAACAUAAAAUAAAAAAAAAUAUUUUUUUUACUAGUAACUGGACAUUGCAAGAAUAAUUUCCAUGUCUUGAGAAGGUAAUGCGAGCCUGCGGGCACAUAACAGCAUUACUAUUUUUGUUUGUUUGUUUGUUUGUUUUUUCUGGUUUGAUAUCUUGUGAAUGACACAGUAUUUAGAGCGUGAUAUUCCAUGUGCAGUUUUUAAUGUGAGCUGAUGUGUUUGCUUAGUCAUGAGACCAUUUUAAUGCCUUGAGAAAUCAACAGCUUACUGUUUUCAGUUUCAUUAUGUGUUGCUCCCACUGGCCAGACGAGGAUUUAUUAAACCUUCGCAGCCGGCGCUGAUUAAGAACCCAACUGAUUGUAAAUGGGGCUUUUUUUUUUAACAUUUGCCUCAUUUUCGCCUCUGCAGGUCAGGAUAAUUCGAUCCCACCCCUUUUUACAUAUUUCAGCAGCAGGCUGUACUUUUAGAAGAUCGGAGGCAAUGGAUAAGCUGUUGGGGGCUUGUUUAUUUUCUCAGACUGUCUCACAAGCUCCAUCGUGCCAGGUUUAGCAUCCCUCCCCCCACCUCCACCCCUUACUACAUCUCGCCAUAACGCCCUCUGACGUAAAAGUGAUUCUUACUUUUACAGUUCAAUCAAUUUUCACUGAAACCGUUUUUUACAUUUUCAGCCUGUGAUAAAAACCGAGCAUUAAUGUGUGUGUGUGUGUGUGUGUGUGUGUGUGUGUGUGUGUGUGUGUGUGUGUGUGUGUGUCGCCACCUGCUGGUGGAUGUGUGAAAUAGCACUCUGAAACAGACAACAGUUGAUUUCUCUUGGCUUCAUUUCUUUCAAUCGUGGAAACUCAGCAAUGCAGGACUUUACAGCCAUUCAAACAACACAUUUUUUUUUUUUUUUUUACUUUUACUGAUACCAGUGUGCUGUCUGUGACCAACAAGGAUGAGUUACUGCUUUGUAGCAGCAAUAAUUAAAAAGCACAGGUUGUUUUUUUUUGUUUUUUUCGUUUUCUUUGUGAGAAUGCAUACUGUAUUUACAUACAAGCCCGUGUUGAUUCAAGAUCUGUCUUUAAACCGGAAACGUGAGCCGAGGGAAGCGACCAGCACCAUGUGUCAAAGUGACGCUUCUCGGAAGCUUCAGUACCCAGAAGGCGCUGUGCAAGCAGACAGAUUAAAAAAGUGCAAUUAAGUUGUUGUUUUUUUGGGGGGGUUGUCGCUAUUCUACUCUACCAUAAUGUUAAAAGUGACCAGGGUCAGGGUGACCUCUGGGUGGAAAAUGAAUUUCUUUACUUUUGUGUUUGUAUUUAUUUUUAUCAGAAAUAGGGUACACUUUGUCCAUUUAAAACCCACCAUUCUUUAAGCAGUUUUUUAUGCAACUUGCAUCUAGUCUCUCUUUUUUUUCCAGGCAUAUACAAGAGAAAAUAUUCUCGCAGCUUGUGUUUUGCACAGAGUUCUUUAUUCGUAUGUUUGUGUUUUUCCUCCUUUUUAAAAAAUAAAAUAAAAUCACUUGUUAGAAUGUGUUUUAAAUAUGCAACUUCAGCUAAAAGCCACAGUAUUUAAGUUUUAGAAUGGAAAACAACUCUGAAUAAAGCUGCAGUUUCCCUAAGAUGGAGGAUCAGACGUCGACUUUGUUUUCUUUUGCUUUCAACUCACGGGAGCUGGCUCCUUUCAUGAAGUUGACAGUUUUAACGUAAGUUUCUCUCAGAUAGUCGUUUGCUUUUUACUUAAAUUCAGCACACUCAAAAUAGCCAGAAAUUUAUAAAUCGCCACUUGACAACUUUAUGGUCUAUUAAUCCUAGUUUAUGUCUGGAAAUUUUGAGUUUUACUCUUAGUUAACCUCAAUAUUUUACAUCUCAACUCUUGUAUUUUCCCUAAAUGUGUUUUUUUCUUCUUCUUCAUGGAACUGGAUCAUGUCUGGGACUAGUGGAACUUGCAUAAAAAGCUUAAUUUGUUUACUACUGAUGGGACUUGAACAUAAAUGACUGUCUUUUUUUUUCUUCUUCCCCCUGUCUUAUAUCAUUCCACAUGUUUUUGUCUGUGAAUUUGCUUUGAGAUAGUAACUGUAAAGAGUUUGGUAAAAGUGUGUAAGUUUUUAAGAGCAAUCUUGUUGUGUUUUCAGUUGAUUUACAAUGUUUGAACAAAUAUAUAGAAUUAAAAAGAACAACCAAUUUAAAA